GACUCCUCCCUCACUCACCCAACACCACCCAAGCGUAGGGAGCCCGUCUCUCCCUCUAUCCCUUGUUCAUCGUCGAGCCCCACGGCAGACCGGCGAUGGUUGCGUAUCCUGUAUCUGCCAUCAACGAUCCGUCGCUGUCGCUAACGAGCUCGUCGUGCCAGAGUUUGGGCGUGGAGCUCUCCGACACUUCCCAGGACCGGCGCGACCUCCCUGGCCCUCUCCGAGCCCCUGCUGCAUCCCCACGACCUUCCCGUCGAGAACGCUGCGUCUCCGCUCCCUCUCCUUUGGAAACGCCGCGCUCGCUACCGACGACGUCCUGGAGCCGCCAGCUUGGCCGCGGCGCCGACCCGACCAUCGCAGGAUCCACGCCGUUCCGCGUCCAAACCGCUGCAUCCCUGCUACCUCCGCUCGACCGCGACGUCGUCCUCCCGUCGUCCCGCAUCGCGCCGAAGCCCCACGAAUGCGAACGCUAUCGGAGAAGGAGAGGAUCUUGGUGAGGAUUUCGAAGAGGAAGAAAGAGCUGAUGAUUCAUGAAGAUGAAGUCCAGGGACAUAUAGCCAACAAAGACUUUGAAGAGGAGUACUACGAAGAAGAGGAGUACGACGCCGAAGACGCGAACUAGGUCGCUCUCCCAGUCAGCCGCCUGUAGGGUAAAGGCCUGACUUGGGUUCCACCGCUGUUUGAAGUCAAAUAAAUUCCGCUGCUGUUUGUUGAACUUUGGCCUUGAUGGCCUAUGAUGUAAGACUUCCGUAUUAAUAUUAUUUCGGUAUUGUAAUGGAUGAUGUAAUCUGGUAUCAGUUCGGUUAUGUAUUCACGAUGGAAUGAUCUUGGGAUCGUGAAAUUGUAUGCAUAACAGGAGUUCUGGACUGGUAAGUCCGGGGCCCCACAAUUUGCCUCUA